GUCCGUACUGGGAGAAGCAGAGUCAGAUACCGUGGUUCUCGGAUUCAACGUUCCGGAGUUGUGCCUGAGAAUUUUGUUGUUUGCGAGCUUCUUGUACCUGGGAGAAGCAGCGUCAGGCUUCCUGUACUUGGGCGAGGCAAGCGUCAGGUACCGUGUUCUCCGGAUCAACGUUCCGGAGCUGUGCCUGAGGUUUUGUUUGUUUGCAGGCUUCCUGUACUGGGCGAGGCUGCGUCAGGCUUCUGUACUUGGGCGAGGCAGUGUCACGGUACCGUGUUCUCGGAUCAACGUUCCGGAGCUGUGCUGAGAUUUUGUUUGUUUCAGGGCUUCCUGUACCUGGGCGAGGCAGCGCCGGGCAACGCGGGGGCUCAAGGACCAAGUGCAGGCGCUGCGCUGGUUGCAGAAGAACAUCGCCGCCUUCGGAGGAGACCCCACAAAGGUCACCAUCUUUGGCGAGAGCGCGGGUGGGGCCUCGGUUCAUAUGCACAUGAUCGGGGGCGUCUGGUGAAGUUCGCCUUCGUGCCGACCCCCGAGCACCCGGUUGAAGGCGUGGAGAUGUUCCUGCCUGCGUCGCCCAUGCAGCUCAUGAAGGAGGGCCGACACCACGCCGUGCCCUUCAUGACUGGCAUUACCUCGCGGGAGGGACUCCUCACUCUGGCCUUCAAAGAUUACCGCGACCAGGAGGUGGGCGCCGCGUUGGACGCUGCCUGGGAGCAGAACGUGCUGCCGGAGCUGCGCCUGCCGGCCGACGGCCCCAAGAACGCGCAGGCCCUGGCGGCGCUGCGCCGCUUCUACAUGGCCGGCCAGCCGCUCAGCGAGGCGACGCGCGACGGAUACAUGUUUUCCGAUAUCCAGUUUGGAGAAGGUGUUGAUUUAGCUGUGAAGUACUUGGCAAAAACUCCAAAAGCUCCAGUCUACCUCUACUACUUUAUGGUCGAUGACCAACUUAAUUUCUUGAAGCUGGCAUGGAAAUUGAACGAACAUGGUGCCUGUCAUGCUGAUGAAAAUGGUUACCUCUUUUACACGAAUCGCUGGGACCCUGACCUUCCCCCAAAUUCAACAGCAGUGAACCCAACGCCCAAUGACGAUUCGCUCCUCGGCGCACACUGGAAACCUUACACGGAGCACGAGCACAAUUACCUGGAAAUCGGGGCAGAGCUACGGCCGAAGAUGGAACUCAACGCCGACCGCGUUGCAUUCUGGGAGGAGUUCUACAAAAAAUACAGCUCCUAAAGUGUUAACUCUUUUCCUCCAGAAUAUUGCCACAAGAUUACCCAAGACAAUGACCCGAAAGUAUACUUCGCGAGAGCUGCAACUACUGAGUUUUUGAAGGGGUAAUUACAAGGUUGUCAAUGAUACGCUCUCUUCCUAAUUUAAUUUAAGACAUAUAAUCACUAUAUUUAUUUUUGAUUACGUCUCUUUCAAAAACUGUGAGAACAAAAAUAAAAUAGUCAAAGACAAUUAUUAUAAUAUAAUAUUCAAUUGUUACUGCGAUAAUCAAUACAUUCUAACUAGACAAUACGAAUGUCAUUAGCCAUGGGAAGGAUAUGUAUAGAAAACAUUACGUAUUCAAGUAAAAAUUUUAUAAAUAUUUUUCACAAGACAUCCGGUAUUUGGGGUAAAAGAAGGAUCUUUUCCUUUGAAUGCUAAACUCUCUCAUUCAGGUUGAACAAGGACUUUUUUUCGAAACCCCACGAUACAUGUGCGCCCACAUUAGUUUUAUCUAGUUAGAACAUCGAUAGUGUAACUGCCCGUUAAAAAAAUAUUUGGGAAACUAUGAAUAUCAUCUUACGUCGAUAAAGUAAAAACUUAACUCGAAAAAAAAGCGAAUAAAAUAGGAAACGUGAGUAUAAGUGUUUGCUACAAAUACAAAUUUCGUUAUAUGCGACUCAAUUCUGGUCUGAAAAAAAAUAAUUCAGUAAAUCACUUUACACGUAUGAGAAAAUAUUCCCAGGAUUAUAAUAUUAUGAAAGUAUUGCACAUUUUGAAAUUACAACCCAACUAAAAAAACUUUUUUAUAUACUUAAUUUAUCUCAAUUUUUAAAUGACUCCCGCUAAUGUAAAUAAUAACAUAACAUGAAUAUAUUUAUACAUUAGAUGGAUAAAGUUAUUGGGAGACAUAAAUGUACUAUUUCAUUACUUGUUCAUUAUUUCAAUAAAUAUGAGAAAACGGAUUGAAAAAUAAGUUGAAUUUCCCUGUCUAUUCUGUAGUUUAUAGAUUGAUAAUGAUCGCGAAAUUCAUUAUCAC